AUGGGAAAUAAUGUUACUGAAUUUAUCCUCAUGGGUCUUUCCCAAAAUAAGGAAGUACAGCAACUAUGCUUCAUUUUGUUCCUACUCUUUUACAUAAUCCUCAUGACAGGAAAUUUUUUCAUUAUAAUGACUGUUCUAAGGAGCCCAAACCUCAGCUGUCUGAUGUACUUCUUCCUCAGCUUCCUAUCCUUUGUUGACAUCUGCUAUUCCUCUGUCACGGCUCCCAAGCUGAUUAUUGACAUUUAAGUCAAGGACACAAGAAUCUCUUUUGUCGGCUGUAUGCUCCAGCUCCUUUUCUCGCGCCUGUUUGGCUGUACAGAAAUCUUUAUCCUCACAGUGAUGGCCUAUGACAGGCACGUGGCCAUCUGUAAGCCUCUGCACUAUUUGACCUUCAUGGACUGGAAGUUCUGCUCCCUCUUGCUGGUGUCCUGCUGGCAAGGAGGGUUUCUGCAUACUUUUGUCCAGACCAUGCUCACCGUACAACUGCCCUUCUGUGGCCCCAACCUGAUCGACCACUUCUUCUGUGAUGUCCACCCUUUACUGAAGCUGGCUUGCACAGACACGUACGUGGUGGGGCUCGUGGUGGUGGCCAACAGUGGCAUGAUUUCACUGAGCUCCUUCGUCAUUCCUGUCGGUUCUUACACUGUCAUCUUGCUUUCUUUCAAGACCCACUCAUCAGAGGGGAGGCGCAAGGCCCUCUCCACAUGUGCUUCCCAUUUCAUUGUGGUCAUCUUGCUUUUCGUCCCCUGCCUCUUCAUGUACCUGAGACCUUCCACCACUUUCCCUGAAGACAAGAUAGUGGCUGUAUUUUACACCAUCGUCACACCCAUGUUGAACCCUCUGGUCUACACCCUGAGAAACAUGGAGGUGAAAAAUGCCAUGAAGAGACUAUGGAUCAAGAGGCUGUUGCGCAGAAAUAGGAGAGGCCCUGAUAGGAAGUUCAGUACACUGCCAUCCCCCAGGGCAGCACCAGAAUCACACCCUCGUCUGCAGCAGACAGCAUACAAGAAUGGUCAAGUGACCUUCAUGGUCCCCCGCAGCGACCUUCAUGGUCCUCCGCAGCACCCUUCAUGGUCCUCCACAGUGACCUUCAUGGUCCCCCGCAGUGACCUUCAUGGACUGCUUCAGAAGAAGUGCUGCGGCGAGGAAUCCGCACUCGCCUGGAAGGGACCCAUGAACCAGUUCAGACCCGAUCCUCAGGGUUUCUGCUCCUGCACCUCGGGCCCUGUCCACGCUCCCAGUAGAGUGCUGACGGCUACUGAGCACCAAAGAAUUCCUGGCUCUGGCUCCAGCUCUUCCACCUCCAGCCCUACCUCCCACCAAGGUGCCAACCAGGCCCUCCACCCUGGCAGACACACACUCAACCCUGAGCAAGAAGAAAAAUUUUAG